UCAAAUUCAGAUGAAUUCCCUUCUUCUCUGUUCUUUCAUCAACAUCAUCAUCAUCGUUCCCAAAACAUGUUUAUCCAGUAUUAGAAAGAUUGGAACGAUUAAUCCAGGAUUCAUAGCAACUCAAAUGAGUUUCAUAGACAACGAUGGUUUAUUCCUUCUAUCAAACUCAUCCCAAUUUGCUUUCGGCUUCGUCGCAGAGAAAGACAAUCCCACUUUGUUUCAACUUUCAGUUCUUCAUAAGAACACAGAAACAGUAAUCUGGUCUGCAAACAGAAACAGGGAAUCCCUAGUUGGAAACUCCGACGAAUUCACCUUUGAUCUAAACGGAACCGCCCGUUUAAACAACGGGGAUGGAAAAACUGUUUGGUCAACGGACGGAAAGGGAGCUGUUUCCAUGGAGUUGUGGGAUUCUGGAAACUUGGUUCUGCUUGGUGGUGACGUCAUCAAUGGCGGAUCCAAUGUUGUUUGGGAGAGUUUUGCAUUUCCGACUGAUACCCUUUUGCAGAAUCAGAAUUUUAGUGAUGGGAUCAAACUUGUAAGCAAUCCGAGCUCAGGUAACUUGACUUAUUAUCUUCAGAUUAAAGAAGGUGAUAUGAUGUUAUAUGCAGGGUUUUCUACUCCUCAACCUUAUUGGUCUUUGAAGAAAGAUAGUAAGAAGACUAUGAACAAGGCUGGGGGAGACCUAGGUUUUGCUUCAAUGGAUUCGAGUUCAUGGAAUUUCUAUGAUCCAAAAGGAGAUUUGCUUUGGCAAUAUAGUGUUCUUGGUGGAGGCAAUCCAAACGGGACUUGGAUCGCGGUUUUAGGAAAUGACGGGUCAAUUUCGUUCAAGAAUCUUCCGGAAACUUCCUCAAAUUCGGAAGUUUCCGUCACGAGAAUCCCUGGGGAUUCUUGUGGCUUGCCGGAAGCGUGUGAGGCUUAUCUAGUUUGUUCCGAUGGGAACAAGUGUCGUUGUCCUUCGACUCUUAGUCCUUGGAGUUGUGAUUUCUCGACAAUUUCUUCUUGUGAGAAAUCUAUGGAGCUUGUGGAAGUUGGGGAUGAUGUAAAAUAUUUCGCUCUUGGAUUCGUUUCGCCGGUUUCGACUACGAGUUUAGAUGGUUGUAAAUCUUCUUGUCUCGGAAAUUGCUCGUGUGUUGCAUUGUUCUUUCAUAAUAGCUCGGGAAAUUGUUUUACGUUCGAUAGUGUUGGAAGCUUUCAACAAUCUAACGGUGGUGGUGGUAGUGGUGGUUUUGUUUCGUAUGUUAAGGUGAAGAGUGGAGGAGAAGGAAACGGGUCGAAACAUUUCCCUUACGUUGCGAUUAUAGUGGUUGCGUGUUUUCUUGUUGUUGUCGGGGUGGUUUUCUUGGGGUAUUAUCGUUUUCGAAUGAAGAAAAGGAGGAAAUUGGAAGAAUUGUCGUCGUCUGAGGAUAAUUUCUUUGGGAGUAUGUCGGGAAUGCCAAUACGUUUUAGGUAUAGGGAGCUCCAAGCCGCGACCGAGAAUUUCUCGGUGAAGCUCGGGCAAGGAGGGUUCGGGUCGGUUUACAAAGGAGUUCUCGAUGAUGGAACACGGAUCGCGGUUAAGCAAUUGGAAGGUGUCGGGCAAGGAAAGAAGGAGUUUCGAGCCGAAGUUAGCAUCAUUGGAAGCAUACACCAUAUUCAUCUAGUUAAGUUGAAAGGCUUUUGUGCGGAAGGAUCUCAUAGGCUUCUUGUUUACGAAUUCAUGUCAAAUGGUUCGUUAGACAAAUGGAUUUUCAAGAAGAAGAAGAACGAUGAUUUUCUUUUGGAUUGGAACACGAGGUUUAACAUAGCCCUCGGAACAGCCAAAGGGCUCGCGUAUCUACACGAGGAUUGUGACGUGAAGAUUAUCCAUUGCGACAUCAAGCCCGAGAAUGUCCUUCUAGACGACAAUUACAAUGCAAGGGUUUCCGAUUUCGGACUAGCCAAAUUGAUGAACCGAGAGCAAAGCCAUGUCUUCACAACUCUCCGGGGAACUAGGGGUUACCUAGCCCCGGAGUGGAUAACCAACUACGCCAUAUCAGAGAAGAGCGACGUUUACAGUUUUGGAAUGGUACUAUUAGAAAUAGUAGGUGGAAGGAAGAACUUCGAUCCAAGCGAGACAUCCGAGAAGUCGCAUUUCCCAUCAUACGCGUUCAAGAUGAUGGAAGAGGGUAAAGUGAAGGACAUAUGGGAUCAAAGGCUAUUGAUUAAGGAAAAUGAUGAGAGGAUGGAAACCUUCAUUCGAGUUGCCUUAUGGUGCAUACAAGAUGACAUGAACCUUAGACCAUCCAUGACUAAGGUAGUACAAAUGUUGGAGGGCCUUUGUUUGGUUCCUAUCCCGCCCGUGGCAUCUCCGAUUGGAUCGCGCCUUUUUGCGGGCAUGUUUAAGUCGACGAGUGGCGAAGGGACUUCGUCAGGGGCUUCGGUGCCAUCGGAUCAAUACAACAGCGAUGCCUAUAUUUCUGCGAUUAGACUUUCGGGUCCACGUUAAAAUGUUGUUGAUGGUAGGGUUUUUAAUUUAAAUGUUAUAUCUUGUAAUUUCACAAUUAUUUAGAAUGAGUUAGUGAUCAUACUAGUUAUAAGGGACUAAAUUUGUAAGACACAUUGAUCAUGUUUAAAAUAUUUCAAUUCGGAGUUGAAGUUGAGGUUG